AUGGAAAGCCGCCAGCGCCGGGGCGCCAGCAGCUUCCGCUAUCGGAAGAUCGCACCAUCUUCCACUGCAGACGAAACUCUCUUUAAAUCAUGUAGUUAUCCUAUAGAUCGCCGCAGUUUGUAUAUAACCGGCAAAGAUACUCCCAUCCGCAUAAGCGAUAUCUUUGAUUCAAAAGAGAGCAGCGACGAAGCCCUGCGGAACUCAGCAAGGAUUACUUUGGAAGACAUUUCUGAAAUUGAAAGGCUGAAGGACCUCGACACAUCCCGCGCCCACCUACGUCCACAAAAUGUAGAAGAGGAUAUGGAGGAGAGAAUACAGAAGUCAAACGAGCUGCGAAACAGACUUUUGCGGUUUGACAGCGAACGAAGAAAGAGAGAUAUUUUCGAAAGGGAUCCCUCAAAUUCUCCGUCCAACACUGUGUUGGGCAGAGCUCAAGAGGCAAAUGAAGAGAGCAGAGAAGAAGUCCGUGCCAUGAACAACAUCAUCUUGAAGUGCAAAGUCGAUGCCAUUCGCAGUCGUCAAAUUCAGCUGAAAAGGGAGGCUGCCGAAGAGAGAGAAAGGCUCCAAAAGGAAUUAGAUGAGAUGAUGGAAGAAGAAAGAAUCAAGAGAGUCAAAGAAAUAGACGAAAGGGAUGCGCUUAGACUCCAGCGCCUCAAAAUGCAGGAAACAAUGAUCAGACAACAAAUUGCAGAACGCCAGCUGAAGAGAGAACUAGAGCUGGAGGAGAGAGAGCGAGAAAGAGCACUCGUUCUUAAACAGAUGGAGGCCCUCAAGGUGCAGGACGCAUUGACAAAGAAACAGAAAGAAGAAGCUGCAAGAAAUUUGAGACUCGAAGUCAAUGCACAUAAUGAAUUAAUCUUAAAGGAGAACUCGAUAAGGCAGCCCAACUUGAUGCGAUUAGAGCCAGAAGGCGCGUCUGUAACUCUGAGCUGCCCCCGGCAGUUCAUCACACUGCCAUUUUUGCAGGAAUAUUAUCCGCAGGAAGCAGCCGUUAUAGGGGCUAUGGAGGAGAGGGAGCGGGUGGAGCGCCAGAGAGAAGAGGCGGAGGCUGCGCGGCAGCGAAAAAUAAACGACGAAUUGGCAAAAGCGCGGAUGGAGCAGCAUCGUGAGAAGAUGUUGAAGCUGGUAGAAACAGCAGUGGCGGAGAAGAAGGAAUUUGAUAGAGUUGCAGCAACGCAAAGAGAACUUGCAGCAGCAGAACAAGCAAAAAGAGAGGCAGAAAAGGCAAAAAGAAUUCAGCAUAUGGCAGAACUACGCAGACAAAUCGAAGAAAGAUCCAAAGAAAUCGAAAAGCUCAAGAAAAAACAACUCGCAGAAGCAGAGGCGCUCAGACUUGCAGAAGAGGAAGAUCAGCGGGCUAUUGAACGAGCCAGAGAAAGAAAACUGGCGGAAUUGCAGCAGUUAAGCGACGCAGAGAAAUACAUCGCACAACUCCGCAAAGUUUGCGCCAAAUAG